AUGGCAAGUUUGCACUGUUUGUUCAUAGAUUACCGCCCUGAUCUAACCGUUAGGUCACAGUACCUGGAGCGUCUCCUCGACCGCCCGCUCUUCCCAUGGAAGAGCGUGCUUGUGGGCUUUUCUCUCGGCCAAUUUAUCCUGGAGGGGUUUCUAUCUCUCCGUCAGUACCGUGUCUUGGAGCGCACAAAGCCCCCGAAGGUGCUGGAGGGUGAGGUCUCGCAGAAGGUCUUUGAUGAGAGUCAGGCUUAUGGACGGGCGAAAGCCAAAUUUGGGUUUGUCUCCGGUCUCUAUAGCCAGGUCCAGAACCUGAUCUUCAUCUAUUAUGACUUUUUGCCUAAGACCUGGGGGAUUACUGGUGUCUGGUUAGCUCGAUACUUCCCAUCCUGGUUUCAAGGUGAAAUUGGGCAUACUCUGGUCUUCUUUUUCGUCUUCAACCUCGUCACGACGGUCCUUUCGUUGCCGGUCUCUUAUUACAACACGUUCGUCCUCGAGGAAAAAUUCGGCUUCAACAAGCAGACCGUCAAGCUUUGGGUAACGGACAUUCUGAAGAGUCAGGCGCUGGGAGUUGUGAUCGGUGGCCCUAUCCUGGCUGCGACUCUCAAGAUCAUCCAGAAGACGGGUCACAGCUUCUUCUAUUACCUCUGGCUCUUCAGUGUCUUCGUCCAGAUCUUUGCUAUCACUAUCUACCCGAUCGCGAUCUUGCCUUUGUUCAAUAAGCUGUCCCCUCUUGAGCCUGGCCCAAUCAAAACCGGUGUUGAGGAGCUCGCAAAGAAGCUCAAGUUCCCCUUGCAUGAGCUCUACGUCAUCGAUGGCAGCAAGAGGAGCGCUCACAGCAAUGCGUACUUCUAUGGUCUGCCGUGGAAGAAGCACAUUGUUAUCUAUGAUACGCUCCUCCAGGGAAGUGAACCGGAAGAGGUGGUUGCUGUCUUGAGCCAUGAAUUGGGUCACUGGAGCCUCAGUCACACUACCAAGCUAUUCGGUAUUGCACAGUUCCACAUGUUCUACAUCUUCGCUCUGUUCACCGCGUUUGUCCGCAACAAGUCACUAUACGAGGCAUUUGGAUUUCAUGAUGAAUAUCCCAUCAUGAUCGGAUUUCUCCUGUUCUCCGAUGCCCUGGCGCCAAUGGACGCUAUCGUCAAGCUCUUGAUGAACAUUCUCAGCCGUAAAUUCGAAUUCCAAGCAGUUGCUGAUGCGCAUUCACCAGAUGCCUUUGCUGCGAAGCUCGGGUAUUCCAAGGAACUGGCCAGGUCGCUCCUCAAACUUCAGAUCCAGAACUUGAGCACCAUGGACGCGGAUUGGAUGUAUGCAAGCUACCACUAUUCUCACCCGAUCCUGCCGGAGCGGCUCGGCGCGCUGGGCUGGAAGGGAAAGGAAGCCGACAAGGCUUUGGAUCGCGAUGAGCCUGUCAAGGCGGCGGACAGGGAGCUGUGA